AAUUUUUAUAAUAAAAGAAAGAGGAAAGCCGGUUGUUUUUUUAAUCUGGUUUAAUAAUUGAUCUAAACAAUUUUAUAAUACGCAAAUCUGGAUGACUCUAGUGAAGUUAUGAUCGCCGCCUCAUCGCCUGUGGAAUUUAUUCCAAGAGGUCGCCAGGCGGUCGAAGAACACCCGGGGCCUCAAAAUCAUAAUAAGCAACAAUUAAAUAUUCCAAGUGAGCACUUGUUAUUACACCGUAUGCAAAAUUUUAAUAUAUCAUCUAAUGAUGAAAUUAAAGAAUUUUGGUCAAUAAGAUCAAUAUAUAAGGAUUUUGAUGACAUAAAUCAAAAAAUAUAUAGUAAUUUACCAAAAGUUCAGAAUCGAAAUAAAAAUUCUAGUUAUAUAACAGAUUAUUAUAUUAAUUCAGAAGAAGAGUUGUAUGUUAAAGGAAAUACUGCAGUGUGGUCUAAAGGUCUUUUAGAAGAUGGAAGUGUUCUACCAAGAACUUGUUUUACAUGUGAUUCUCAAAUAAGAUUUGCAUUCUUUUGUAAUGAAAGCUUUAUUCAAGCUCAAAUAAAUAAAGAUGAGAUAAAAACAGAAGAAAAGGCGCAAAACUCUAAUGAAAAUACUUCAAUUUGCCUAAUUGAUUCCACAUGUUUGCGUGUUUAUUGUAGUAAUGGCGAGGAUUAUCUUACAAAUUUAGAAUUUGCAGUAUCCCAUGUUUGGUCAACAAAAUAUGGAAUUCUUUUAGAAAAAGAGGCAUCAAAUGCUAUUAUUCAAACUCAUUUGAUAUCAAUGCCCAGAUUUUUCACUUUAACUCAUCCGUUAGAUGAAAUGUGUCCAUUGCUUAGUAAGUCAAGCACCGGAGGAAUCGGCUACUUGACAGAAGCUGACUAUAAAAUUAUAUUUACAACACCACAAAGUGAUUUGAUUUUACUUUUUGAUAAUAAAAUUGGGAAACAUUUUGUUGCAAAACUUCGCAAAGCCACUGAAGAUGAAAUUCAUGUCGUUGGAUGUGCAAACGAAACAUGUGUUGGAACUACUUUUAACAGUACCAAUAAACCUUCACAAUACUUUUCCCACAAUUCUUUAAAGAUUCCUUCGUUUUCUAAAAACAGUCCUCUGGUUAUGGGAAGAUCGAGUCUAGGAAAUCCGGGAUAUAGUUCGCAUGUUGGAAAAUUUUUAAACACUUCCGGAACACCUCCAGUUCAAUCUAAUCUCAGUGGACAUUUUAAUCGUUCAAAUUUACAGUCACCUGUUGCAAGACUGCAAUCAUCAAUAGGUCCUCAUUCUAUAUCAGUUCAAGAUAUAAGAAAAGUUAGCCAAACUCAACCAUCUAAACCUAUUUUGCCAGAGUUUUGUUUAGAGCAAAUAUGGACAGAAAGUUUGAUUGGAAAAGAUUUUUGUGAGGUAGCUUCACUAGCAUUUAUGCAUACAGAUUUAAUUGGUCAAGUUUAUUUAUGCUACUUACUACCAAGGACUGGAAAAUUGCAGUUAUCACGUCUAGAAAAAACUAGUUCUCCUAAUACUCAAAUAUUUGGAAUGAUAUCGUCUUUACCAGCAAAGGAUGCUGUAGUUUUAGAAAAAAUGAAUAUGAUUGCGAUAUUGGACUCCAAUUCUUCUUUAGUUUUAUAUACUGGCCCAGUAUUAAUUUCUAAAGUUCAUAUAUCUAGUUUAGCUAUACCUACCUUUACUACACCGAUAACGUGCACUACCGCUACACUUAUGGCAAAUUUUCCAAGACGAAGUAGUUUAUUACCAUCUAGAGCACAAUCUGAUUCUCAAUUUGAUGAUGAAUUAAACUUAUUGUCUCCAGUUCAACCAUUACAUGCAUCGCUUCCAAAUAAAGUUUCAAAUUUAUGCAUAGGUCUUAGAGAUCCAGCAGGAAAUAGAUUGACAUUAACAUAUGGAUGUGGAAAAAUGUACCGAAUAUCAUUACCUUUGAUGAACGAAAAUCAUUUUAUUACCCAAUGUAUAUACGCAUUAAGACAAGUAUUAAAAAAAGAUGUAUAUGUCCAACUGUUAGUUAAAUGGUAUAGCGCUCGAAAUGUACCAGGUUCACAAAACUUUAGCUACAAAAAGGAAUGGGAAAUAUUUUCAAAUGUGCUUUCAGAAUUACUCGGUCGUUCUGUUUCUACUAAUGAAUCUGCUUCAAAUAUGGUUAUAAGUGAUGAAGCCAAAAAACGUCGGAAAGAUGAUGAUGAUACAAGUGUUUGCGGAUCAAAUGAAGAUUGGGAAUUUUUAAUUUCUUUCGAGUCAAAUAAAAAAAUUUCAGAAUCUGCAACUACAAUCCUCCAUGAUGACAAUUCGGCUCCACUUUUUUCACAAGUUCCAGUUAUUUUCUAUACACUUCAUUUACUUUUUGAAGAUUUUAAACUUAAUUCUAUGUUUGCCAAAUAUCUUAAAUACUUAGCAGAAUUCCUAUAUGAACUUGCUCUAAGUAUGAAACUUAGCUCUUACUGCUUACAUUAUACACUGAAUUUUCCUUACUUAAGGAAGAUUUCAUCUCAUGACUUUUAUAACGAAGAGGAUGCCGCCAAAAUGCAGCAUAAACAUUUAUUAACGGAAAGAGUUCCAAAUAUUUUUCAACAGAUUUCAGAUAUUAUUCAUGGGCGUGAGAUCUCCAAAUACCCGUGUAUUUUUAAAGUGAAUACAAUGAGUAAGAAUGUAGUUCAGUUAGUAUCUUUAAUUAUACAUGGUCAUGAAAAAAUACGAAACUGGUUACAAAAUUUGGAAAUUCCCGGAACACAAUCAAUGGAAAUUUCAAAAAUCAAAAAGAGAUACAUAUCUACCAACUUGAACCGAAAUGUACAGCUAAUUCAAAUGCUUAUUAAUAUGGACAUGAACCGAAAAGAUAUAGAACGCUUGCCAGCUUCUAUUCAUUUUAUAAUAGCCCAGUCUUUGGAGUACAGUAGAUUAGUUCCCCCAACAGGUUUUCCAUUUCUAGCUUAUGAGUUAUUAUUACGCUCGGAUCUAGUAGCACAUGCUAAAACUUCAGUUUUGCAAAUAGAUCGUAGUUUUAUUGCUAAUAAAUCUAGUAUAAAUAAAGAGCACUCUCUUUCACCUAACGUAAUAGCUACGCCAAAUUUUCUCACCAAAUCUGAAUCAAGCACUAGUGACGAGGAUGGUAUGGAAAAUAUUAACACAAAAUUAUUAAGCUUGCGUUUUCCUGAUGAUUUACGUAUUACUGAAGUUCGUCGAUUGCUAAACAGUUCUGAACCUGUUUUAAUUGAUUUAACUCAAUCUCCAGGAGUUACGGACCAUGAAUUUAUAGAAGAGCAAGAAAAACAAUUAUAUGCUCUUUGCACGAGAACUAUGACUUUACCAAUGGGGCGAGGAAUGUUUACAUUAAGAACAUCAAUUCCAGCACCGACUGAUUCGAUGCCAAUACCAAAACUAUGUUUAACCGGAAAAGAGCCUGUAAAAGGAGCGACAAUUGAAAUGCAAUUAAUUGAAUUUCCUGCGAAUAUGAAUCUUUGGCCAUCUUUCCACAAUGGUGUAGCGGCAGGACUUAAGAUAUCGCCCCAUGCGAAAGAUAUUGAUUCAACUUGGAUUGUAUAUAAUAAACCAAAGGGGCAAGCAGAUAUUCCUACUGAGCAUGCUGGAUUUUUGAUGGCGCUUGGAUUAAAUGGUCAUUUGAAAAGUUUAUCGUUUAUGAGCGUGUAUGAAUAUUUAGUAAAGUGUGAUGAAAUGACUAGUGUAGGGCUUUUAUUGGGCAUAUCAGCAACACAUAGGGGCACGAUGGAUAAUACGACAACCAAAUUAUUGAGCGUCCACAUAGAAGCUCUGCUCCCAGCAACAGCAUUGGAGCUUGACAUUCCUCAAAAUACCCAAGUAGCUUCUUUAAUGGGCAUUGGUUUAUUAUAUCAAGGUACAGCCAAACGACACAUCGCAGAAGUUUUAUUACAAGAAAUUGGAAGACCUCCAGGUCCUGAAAUGGAAAAUAGUGUAGAAAGAGAAUCGUAUGCUUUAACAGCAGGACUCGCUUUAGGUCUUGUAACUUUAGGACAAGGAGAAUCGCCCGCUGGGCUAAGAGAUUUGCAAUUACCAGAUACUUUGCAUUAUUAUAUGGUUGGUGGAACAAAAAGGCCUUUAACUGGUUCUCAGAAAGAAAAGUACAAAUUGCCAUCGUUCCAAGUUCGAGAGGGCGAUACUGUUAAUAUUGAUGUUACAGCUCCAGGGGCAACACUUGCAUUGGGAUUAAUGUUUUUCAACACUGGAAACAAAUCUGUAGCUCAGUGGAUGAUGCCACCAGACACAAGUUAUUUGCUAGAUUUGGUCAGACCAGAUCUAUUGUUAUUACGCAUUAUAGCGAAAAACUUAAUAUUAUGGAAUGAAAUUGGUGAUGAUUACGAUUGGUUGUUUGGUCAAUUUCCCUCUAAACUUGAAUUUGAUUUGAACCGUGGACCUCAAGAUAGUGGAAAUGGAAUCGAUCAUGAAGCAAAUGCACAAGCAUACUGUAAUAUUGUUGCGGGGGCUUCUCUUUGUAUCGGCCUUAAAUAUGCAGGUACUGAAAACCAUAAAGCUUUUAAAGCUUUGAAAAGAACAAUUAAACUAAUUUUAUCUUGGAAUGGACAAUAUGUUGGUGAAUUUGCUGGCAAAGCCACUGUAGAAAGUAGUUUGAUUUUAGUAUUAAUUUCUUUAUCACUUGUCUAUGCUGGUACUGGUAAUAUUGAAAUUUUGAGAAUUAUUCGUUACCUUCGUUCUCGAAUCGGUCCUUCACAUUCACAAGUUACUUAUGGAUCACAAAUGGCUAUUCAUAUGGCCCUUGGGUUUUUAUUUUUGGGUGCAGGACGUUAUACUUUGUCUCGAACGCCAGAAGCUAUAGCUGCAUUAAUUUGUGCUCUAUUUCCAAAAUUUCCAAAUCACAGCAAUGAUAAUAGGUAUCACCUACAAGCUUUUCGACAUUUAUACGUACUGGCAGUUGAACCCAGGUUAUUUUUACCAAGAGAUAUAGAUACUGGAAAAUUAUGCUUGUGCCGCAUAGAAACGGAUGGUGAAGUCAUAGAAAAAUUUCCGAUGGCUCCUUGCAUGUUGCCAGAACUUUCAACUCUUAAGAGUGUUAAAGUAAAUGAUCCAAAUUAUUGGCCAGUAUGUUUUGAAAGAGGGAGGAACUGGGAUCAAUUGGAAAAUGUUUUGAAAAAUUGCGGAUGUAUUGAUAUUAAGAAACGAGCAGGUUGUUUAUCUCAUUUGGAAGAUCCAGAUCGAUUGAAAAGCAUUUUAGCUCAAACAUUGACCACUGAACAAUACAGAUGCUGGAAGGUUGAUAUAAAAUCAUUGUUAGCUUUUUCUACAGACAAAAAACUCCUAGAAUUUAUCGAAAAAUUUUUGGAUCUAAAAGAAAGCAAAAAUUUUGUUUCUAAUAGUGAACUAGAAAAAUCUCAAUUAUUUCUUAUAAUUUUUUAUACUUGCCUAAGUAAGGAUAAAAUGCACGCGCUCCCACUUUAUUUGUCGUUAAUAAAUGAUCUAGGUGUACUAGAAAAAAAUCCAAGUAGUCAAAUUGUAUGGCAAUUCAAAAUAAUUAAUGCAAUGCAAAUGUUCAACAAAGACGAUAUAUUUUUGUCAAAAGAAAUUUUGGGUUCCAUAGUCGAAAAGUUCAAAACAAUUUUGGAAAAUUGGAGAGAUGAAUUUAAAUUACAAUUAAAAAGAUUUAUACAAUCUUCUGAUGUGAAUCUGGAAAAUAUGCCUGAAAACUCUUUGGAAAAAAUUUCAGCCGUUAUUACUUAUUAUGAUCUUGAUCCGAAUAUUGGAAGCUUAGUUGAUUUAACAUCAGAAGUAAAUUAUUUACAAUUGAUAUUUCAAUUAAAAAGAUGUGGUUAUGAUGUCGAAACUAUUAAUUGUUUAUUAAAAAUUUUUAAUAUUACUUAAAAUAAAAUGAAAAAUGUAAUAAAUCUAGUUAAUUAAAUUUUUUGCUCUUAA